CGGAAAGUUGAAGGCAGCUCCAGCAGCCGCCAUAUGGCCCAUGGGGCAUCAGCUUUGUGAUGGACGCAGAAAGUACGCAUUGUGCAACCAAGAAUUGCUCAUUAGCUGGACCUCUUGCUGGUGCGCCCUCCAAAAGUCCUAACAAUUAGGAAGAAGAGCCUUGUUGAGUUCAUGACGCCACAGUUCCAAAGAUAACCGUAGUCCACCAGAGCAUGUUACCGACGCCGCAGCGGGCCACAGAUGGAUGCUGCUUGAGCCUUCAAGAUUACUGAAGAGAAAAGCUGAAUUGGACGGAUCUUGGACAUAUUUUUCAUCAUGAAGCAACACCUAUACGGUCGUAAGGAGCACGGCUUUGAUGCCUUCUUCAUGAAGUUUAGAGUGUCCACGUGCACGCCAGUACAGGGCAGUACCGCCCCGAUGGCUUGAACAAUCCUGUGGAGCCUCUAGCUCCCAUCAUUUAGGCAGCAUGUUGCAGAGGCUAAAUGAAGCCUUUUGCCACAGGUGGACCUUUGUUGGCUUCGCUAUUAGCUUACUGCUGCUGGUAUCUAUUGAGCACAGCGGAGCAGACUAUGUGGAAACUGCGCCUAGACCUGGGGCUCCUCUUCCUCCACCCAUCUCCCCUGGAGAAUGUCCCCUGGUCUUUUUGCAGGCAGACAUCCAGUACGCAAAGCUGACUGCAUGCUCCACAAGCAAUGCUGUCGUGGGCCUUCUAGGCACAGCUGUCACAACUGCCAGUCCCUCAAGUACCACCUGCUGCGAUCAAAUGAAGGCAGUCCUUUGGAAGGCCCGAGUGCGGUAUGCCAAUGAGACUGGGCGCCUUUUGCUGCCUCAGGCAUCUGCCGAUGCUUGUAUCCAGAAUUUGAACAGUUCGGCAGCAGCUGCUGAGCUGCCUGCCGUUGGCAAGUGCGAAAGUACGAGCGAUAUACUCUCAGAGGACACGGGGAAAGCAUGUGGAGAUGAUCUCACAACUGUGUACGGUUUCUGGUCAGCAUCGAAUCGGACCUUCCCAGGAACGGUGGGGAGCAGUUGCUUUGGGGCGAAUGUAGACUGCGGUCUUUGCACUGCCCUCAUCGCAGACAAGACUAUGUCACUAAGCAGCAGCACCACUAGUUUGUUAGCGACGGCGUCAUGUCAAGAUCUCGCCCGAGUCGCAAUGACCGCGGCCGCUUACCCCCUCGACAUCGCAAACGGCAUCGCUCGGUGCCUAUACACCGUGGACAUUGCACCCAUCCCUCAAGCACCCAAGUGCACGGCCUACGAUUGGUCGAGGCAAAACUGGACGUCGAUGCUUUACAGCUGCACUGGGCCGGGGGAGUCUGGAACUGAUUGUUGUAAUCUGAUAGCCGGACAGUACCAAAUGAUGCUGGCAGCCAGCAUAAAUAAGACGAAUCAUGUUUUGGACCAGGGCCAGGCGGAAAUCUGCUUCUUGGAGUAUAUGGCCGCCCUCGAAGCUAAAGUGAUCUACAUACCGUGGUCAGGGUCAGGGAUUUGCGACGUGACAGCGGCGAGCGGUCUCCUGAACAUCGGUUGCUACAAUUACACCACGCUCCAACAGCAAAUUCCCGUCCGCUACUUUGACUACUUUGCUGGCAAUUGCACACAAGCGUCACCAGACAACUGCCGCCAUUGCGCGCAAACGCUCCUCGACGUUGGAACCGAGCUCGCAAUUAACACCGAUUCUGAGUACCUCAAAGCGUGUCAACAGCUGGCCGUGCACCAGUAUUACCAGUGGGUGGCCAGACUUGAGUUAGCCCCCGAGCUAGCAAAUUGUCGAUACCAGUUGCCCCCGGGGAUAGAGGUCACAAUUUUGCCCCUGGGCGAAAGUCCGUCCAACAUUAUGCUCAUAGCCGGGCUUAGUACUGCGGUUGUGCUUCUUGUGGUACUAGCGGGUGCUGCCUUCUUCCUCUGGAGGCGUUAUCCGCUGUACAAGGGCAAGUGGGAUGCUCGGACGAAGACGCUCGGCCGCCUGUCGUCGCUGCGCCAAAAAUUUGUUGGAUCGCGCCUGCAAGUCUUCACCAAAAAGCAGUUGAGCAAAGCGACCCAGGACUUCAGCGAGAGCCGUUUGGUGGGCGUCGGGGGCUCCGGGAAAGUGUACGUCGGAGAACUGAACGGGGAAGUGGUUGCGGUGAAGGACGCCACGUUUGGGUCCAACAAGAACGGAGCCAAGGAAGCAUGGAACGAAAUUGCGACCCUGGCCCAGUAUCGGCACCGUCAUCUGGUGGUUCUCAAGGGCUGCUGCAUCUCCGGAUCGCACUCCUUCCUGGUCUACGAGUUUCUGGAGCAAGGCAGCGUCGACGACCACCUGUGCCCGGCAGCCCCGGUUGGCCGCACCGCUGAGCACAGUGUGCGCGCUCACUUCUUGGAUUGGCCCACCCGCGAGAAGAUCGCCCUAGGGACGGCCAAGGGGCUUGCCUACCUGCACGAGGAGUGCAAGCCGCGGUGUAUUCACCGCGACGUGAAGUUAAGCAAUAUCCUGCUAACAAACGACUUCGAAGCGAAGCUAGCCGACUUUGGCCUUGCAAGGCGGACGGACCCACAGGACACACACGUCACCACAGCGAUCGCCGGCACGUGGGGCUACCUGAGCCCCGAGUACAUGGCCACCGAGAAGAGUGACGUGUACAGCUUCGGAGUGGUGCUGCUCUGCCUCGUGGCUGGGAGACGGCCCACCCAACCGAACGCACCAGAAGAGCAAAUCCACCUACCAGAAUGGGCGUGGUCCUUAGCGGAACGGAACGAGCUAGAGCAGCUGAUCGACCCGCGGCUCGAAGGGGAGCGGCACGAGUACGCGGCGAACAUGGAGCGCAUGACCAAGAUUGCUCUGCUGUGCGUCCACACGGCGGCCAGCGUCCGGCCCAGCAUGCGGCAGUGCGCGGACAUGCUCAUGGGACGGAUGGAGGUGCCCCGCCUUCCGAGGCGCCCCCCGACCCUCUAUACAAUCUCCUCGUUGGCGUCCUCCGAUCCCGAUACUUCAGCGGGGCUCUCCUCGGGGCAACAGAGCUCGAGCCUGAGCACUGGGGGCGCCGGAGCGUUCUCCAUUUCGAGCGACCAGGAUGCGAAAAGUAUCCCUUAGGUUUGGUUGCAUGUGUCUCUCGGUUAGGGGUUUGCUGAGUCUAGGUUAUCAGAAGGUGUUAUACCGCUUAAAGUAUGCUGAUCCACUCCAAGCCACUUAAAACAGCAUGAUCAGUCUUUGGGUCGUGCAGAGCGACGUUUAGUAAGUGUAUCAAUAGAAGUGGAUAAAGAGCUGGUAGGAUGAUACCGUACUGCAAUACAGCGACUGUCGCAACCGACGGGGUCAAAAGAGUACGUAGCACGUCAGGGCUUAUGACAUGGUCAAAUAGCUGGUCUAGCCUAGGAUGCCAUAAGGAUUGCGUUACUGUACAGAGCUGGUAGAUUGAUUGGUGAUUGACCCGAGUGUUAGGCCUGAACAAAGUUGAGCUUGGGUAUCAACCCGCUUAUAUCAACCCA